AUGGGUAUCAAGGGUUUAACGAAGCUGCUAGCCGACAAUGCGCCUAAUGCCAUGAAAGAGCAGAAAUUUGAGAGCUAUUUCGGUCGGAAAAUCGCCGUUGAUGCUAGCAUGAGCAUUUACCAAUUCCUUAUUGUGGUGGGAAGGACUGGGACUGAAAUGCUCACGAAUGAAGCUGGUGAAGUCACUAGCCAUUUACAAGGGAUGUUUAAUCGUACAAUCCGUCUUCUUGAAGCUGGAAUUAAGCCUGUCUAUGUUUUCGAUGGAAAGCCCCCAGAGUUAAAGAGACAAGAACUAGCAAAACGUUACUCCAAGAGAGCCGAUGCGACUGCAGAUUUGACUGGUGCAAUUGAGGCAGGAAACAAAGAGGACAUUGAGAAGUACAGUAAACGAACUGUGAAGGUGACAAAACAGCACAAUGACGACUGCAAGAGACUCUUAAGACUUAUGGGGGUGCCUGUUGUUGAGGCCACUUCCGAAGCAGAAGCGCAAUGUGCUGCACUUUGCAAAUUAGGAAAGGUGUAUGGUGUGGCUUCUGAAGAUAUGGACUCCUUAACUUUUGGAGCUCCUAAAUUUCUUCGCCACCUGAUGGAUCCUAGCUCCAGAAAGAUCCCUGUCAUGGAAUUUGAUGUUGCUAAGAUUUUAGAAGAGCUUCAACUUACCAUGGAUCAGUUCAUCGACUUGUGCAUAUUGUCAGGAUGUGAUUAUUGUGACAGCAUCCGAGGUAUUGGAGGGCAGACUGCGCUAAAGCUCAUUCGUCAGCAUGGAUCUAUUGAGACCAUACUCGAAAAUAUAAACAAAGAAAGGUACCAAAUACCUGAGGAAUGGCCAUAUAACGAAGCUCGGAAACUUUUUAGAGAACCUGAUGUCUUAACUGACGAAGAGCAGCUUGAUAUCAAGUGGACCUCUCCAGAUGAAGAGGGCAUAGUUCAGUUUUUGGUGAAUGAAAAUGGAUUCAACGUAGAAAGGGUAACCAAGGCUGUAGAGAAAAUCAAAUCUGCAAAGAACAAGUCAUCCCAGGGAAGGCUGGAGUCUUUUUUCAAGCCAGUUGCGACCUCGUCCGCUCCUGCUAAGAGAAAGGAAGUCCCAGAGAGUAACGCGAAAGGAGCAGCAAAUAAGAAAACGAAGGGAGGUGGUGGGAGGAAGAAGAAGUAA